AUGACAUCUUUUGUUCGCGAUCAGCAAAGUAACUGGAGAAAAUCAAACUGCCGACAAUCUCCUGCGUCGGAAGGCGAGUUGUUGGAUCCGGAACGGGCUGUUGGUCACCUGGCGUCAAAGAAUCGUGCAAGAAUUAUCAGCGCUUUUGACUUUACGAUUGAUGGUGCACCAGCUUCCAUUGAGCCACUGCUGCAAGAACAACGCUUUCAAGGCUUGAAAGUCACGGGAGCAGUCUCGAGCUUACUCGGGCAGGAAGGAAUUUAUGCUCAGGGGCUAUGGUACGACAACAAAGGCCGAUUCGACUGGGUUUGGGCACAUAUUGAUAAUGUGCUCAAAUUGGAAGUACGCCAUGACACAAGGUUCCGAGGCGGAGCUCAAUGCAUCUGGAUGACUACUAGCGUGGGGGAGUAUGCAAUGGGGUUUCCUCAUAAGUCCUACACCAAGUUUUGGAACACCGCCUUGGCAUUUUUUGGAGCACCUUCAAUAGGCCCACUAUUGCAAGAUGACUAUCGCCCCGACUGGUGGCCAGCACAAAGUUCGGGACUUUGGCCAGGACUACUGCGUCCAGGAGAGGAGCAGUGUGUGUUGACAUGGGAAGAAGAGCUUCGACAGAUGACUGAACGUCUCAGCGUUGAGGCAGGUGCCAACACAAUCGAUUUGGGCUGCUCCAGCGCUCACGGGAGCUCCGGCCAACCGGGACAGCCAGCGCACAAUCUUCGCCAGCUGCGACCAUGGAACUUGGCCUUUGAUGGGGGAAUCAAGGCCAAACGCAAGGAACCAUACGAUGAAGUCACAAGCACCGACCCAAACACGUCCUCAGGUAGCAAGGGACGUAAACGUAAGCUAACCGGUCGGGCAAGGGCUUGA